CAUUAGAGCUUCACAGCACUACAACAAUAAUCAUGUUCAAGACAACAUUGUUCUCCGUUCUUUUGCUGGCUUUGGCCAUGCAAUCUGUAAAUGGUAAGCCAGCAUGCGGUUGUGAGAACUCAAGGACACCUCCGCCUUCGACUCUGCCGCCGUGUCAGCCGGCCACUCCCGAGCCUUGUGCCAAGCAGGAGGUCAGGACCAGCAGCGCAUUCGUCAUCACAACUGCUCUCAGAGUACCCUGCAUCGAGCAGGCGACACCCUCGACAACGACAACAACGACCACGAAACACUUUGCACAACACGGCUUCCUCAGGGGGAGGUCUACAAUGUCCAACCUCGUUCUCUGUAGUGAGUUUCUAUCCGCACAUAUGUCAGAACCUUCGCAGGUAGACGUUAUUUAUACCGACUACAGUAAAUGUUUUGACAGGAUAGACCAUAUCAUCCUGCUGCAGAAGCUCCAGCAGUCACCUGGAGUAUGCAUCCCAAGUCUGGAGCCCUUGUUAUAA